GUGGGGAACUGAUGGGUGGCACCUGGACAGUUGGUUUCGAGGAAGCUAGCAGUGCAGGAUUGGUUAAAAGAUCGGGCCCGGUUGGGGCCCAUUGGCGGGCCAGGGAAUAGGCGUGCACCUAUGGGCAGGUACGACUGUCUCCUGCCAACGGGGGAAAAUCGAGUUACCGACGGGAUCCGGUGGUUCUCCUUAGGCGCCUUCGAUGCAGUUGAACAGGUCGCAGCGAUCGCAAAGCGCCAGUUCUCUCCCGUCCAUCGACGUGGCCGCACCGUGACUCGUGGAUGUUCGAGAGAGACAGACAGAGAGAGACGAUAAUACGCAGAGAAAAAAAGAAUUUAGAUCGGGGACGGUCGAGGUAGAAGGGUGAAAAAAACGAAAAAAGACGAAGAAAAGACGGUGCAGAGAUCUGGAAACCACAUUCGGAUUCACGUGGAUCGUCGAGAGCAAAGAAUUCGGGGGCAGUCGAAGGAUUUGCAUCGAGGGACUAGUACGGAAAUAAUCAGAGGCGUGUCCUUCCGUGGGGGUGAGGCUGAUCACGUGACAUAGUCCCAGCAACGUGUAAACGACUGCGUUUCGCAGUUACCGCACUUCGCUACAAGCGAACAAACGUGCGCACGUUGUCGGGUGCACCACGCCACGUGACCGAUCGCCGCUGAACAACAACAACAUUUUUCGGGCAGUGUGUGUCGAACAAUUUCGGACGAUCUCGGGAUAAACUUGUUCGGGUAUUUACUCAUCGAACAUCAACGAACGAACGUUAUGGUGUGUAACGUGUGAAAGAAGAUUGGAGGACAAUCGAGGAACAAGUUUUAAGUUUAUGGUGUAUCGAGGCACCGGUUAGCCCGUUCGUGUGGAUAUCAUCCGACUACAAAGAUGAAUCAAGUGUGCAAGGUCUGUGGCGAGCCGGCCGCCGGUUUUCAUUUCGGAGCGUUCACCUGCGAGGGGUGCAAGUCGUUCUUCGGGCGCACCUAUAACAACCUGGGCAGCAUCUCCGAGUGCAAGAAUGGCGGCGUGUGCGUGAUCAACAAGAAGAAUCGCACAUCGUGCAAGGCGUGUCGCCUACGAAAAUGUCUCCUGGUCGGGAUGUCAAAGUCAGGCUCGCGGUAUGGUCGUCGUUCGAACUGGUUCAAGAUCCACUGUCUCCUCCAGGAACAAACGAACGGAAAUCAAAAUAUGAGUGCGGGAACAGUUCCGCCGUUUGGACCAAGCUUUCUAACAGGAUUCCUUCCUCAAGCUCAAGGACCCCAAAGCAGGGUGUUCAAAGAUGGAACAGAUCGUGCUUCACCUAGUCAGGAAGAUUUAGCCCUCCAAUCGCAUCUGUUGCACGUGGCGAUACUGAAGCAGGAACAAGAAAAGGGGAGCAAAUCUCCCCACCCGGACGACGUAGCUCUUCAAAACCAACUUCGUCUGUUAGCCUGGCAAAGGGAACGUGAAAGAAUCGGUGAAAGUUCUCAACAGCCUCCGGGUACGCCACCUAGUACAACACCUCCGCCAUUUUAUAGACAGCAACAACAACAACAGCAACAGCAACAGCAACGACUUCCAAGCUCUCCGAUAUUCCCAAUGAACUUCGCUCAAAGAGACAGCGUUUGUGUGCCUAGCAGUCCAUCGGACUUCAGACCGUACCUUUCUUCAUCUCAUAAAAGGAGAGCAGACACACCAAGCGAUAGUGGAGCGUCCUCGGUGGAUGGUGUCGAUGGUCAAGACACCGAAUCAAGGAGUAAUUCAGCAUUGAGUUACUUCAAAACCAGCGCUGCAUCACCGACCCUGUCCGAGAGAGAUUUUCCACCUAGGAAGAUCAACGCUACGGUUACAUUGACGACAGGAUACCAUCCUCAUCAAGGUCUAGGCCUGGUGUAUCCUCCGCCUGCUUUAAUCACGCCAUCAACGUCUCAACUAUCGCCCAGAGGCGGCGACCUGCUUCUGGUCAGUCCCAGUCCAGGUGGUCUAGCUGUGGAGCAAGACGAACCGAUAGAUCUUAGUAUCAGAUCGAGCAGAAGCACUCCAGGACCCAGUCAGUCGUCGGAAGAGGCUAGUAGAUUAAACGAUAACAAUAGCGACCCCGAUAGCCCUGCGAAAGAAGAAGCCACGACGAAGAGCAAGCCAUUGGAUCUAACGUUAGGCGUGAAGAGGCCAGAGUUACCUAUAUCGCUAUGAAGCUUCUGGUUGUUUGAUAGACGCCUGGCCUUGUUCAGUUCUUAUUGGCGCACGCUAAGUUCUGUUGAGGUCUCGCUGGAAGAAUCGAACGGCCUAGUCACUCAGUUGAUCUGUCUAAAAUAAGAAAAAUCGAUGUUACAGGAUGAUAAUGGAUUUGAGAAUGGAGAAAUGGAUAUUUGAGAAAAUUAGAUGAAUCGAAAGGUUCUACGAAGUCAAUAAAGUUGUAUAACCGAUCGUUAGGAGAGAGUUAGGUUUCGCUAAGAAACUGUAACGAAAUGCCGAUAACACACCACAAAAAUGUGUUCAAAUUUGUAUAUAGAUCACGGUUCGACAAGAGAUUAAUUUAUUACAACCAAGGACAUUAUCGUUAAUUUCUGUAUCCCUGUUAAAUUCUUUGUUUUAACGUGCGAAGGUUGUAUCGCAUAUUAUGACUAAUUGUAUAAAAAUCGGAGAAUCGCGGAUAUGCCGGCCAGUAGUGGAGUGCCUUAAUAUAAUAUAUUUAUAUCCCAAAUAUUCUAUAUUGUAUAUGUAAACGUAUACAUGGAACAGGCCGCUUUAGAAUCUUAUCUUCGUUCUAUGCACGAUUCAUCGUUGUAAGUCGUAUUCUUCUUCGUGAUUGUGAAUGGUUCGUAUAGCGAAAAGUGUGUGGGCGCGAAGAGAGAGAGAAAGAGAGCGCGAGAGAGAGGGGGAGAGAAAGAGAGCGCGAGAGAGAGGGGGAGAGAAAGAGAGCGUGAGAGAGAGGGGGAGAGAAAGAGAAAGAGAGAGAGAGAGAGAGAGAAGAGGGAGAGAGAGAGAGAGAGAGAGAGAGGCAGAGAAGAAGACGAUUGGUAAUGAUCGCAUCUACGACCCUGUCGCAACGAAAGGCCAGUUAAUAAAAAUGAACGAGAGAAAUGACGUCACUUCGGUGCAUAAAACAAACGAGCAUCUUGUAAAUAAGCAAAAGGAAGGUGGGGGAAGGAAUAAAAAAUUAUACGUAAGUUUAAAUCAAGAGAGGGGAGACCCGGCUACGAUUGAGAGUACGCUUCUUCUAUGCUUCAGCUUGAUGUACGAACCUCUGGAUUCGCUUAACAGAUCACAAUGUUUUUAUAUUCUGACGUUCUCUCCUCCUGAUUUUUCUUAUCAAUUUAUUUCUUUUAUUUUGUACAUAAUAGUAAGUAAACGGUGAACGCGAGCGGCCAGUACCUAAACGUAACGCGAAAUUAAAUAUUCGUUUGUUUAAUCUCUAUAA